AUGAGCCAUGCCACUUCAGCCGCAGUGGACAACCUCCUAACUGUCGCAGGUGGCAAGCUUCAAAGCUUGUGCGACGAGGUCUCACGGCAGGUGGCCGAGGAGCUCUCGAAGGCCUCCGCCGAGCUCGUGUCUCAGGUCGAGCGUAAGCUUGGUGCACCGGAAAUUCCAAGACAGCAGUCGCUGGUCGCUUGGGCGGAGACUGACGAUGGCCUCAACACGCCCAACAAGAAGACAACCGGGUUCGUUCCCCAUGCUUGGACGGAGAGGCACAUGCGGACAGACCAUUCAAGCAAGCUUUUGGAGGAGAUCCAAGAGUCCUUCGCAGAGUUGUGGUACGGACCAGGCCACAGCGAGAAGUCGGUCUUCCCGUCGGAUCAGGUCGACCCCCAAGGUGCCGAAAGCUCGUCGACCCUGGUUCAGGCGAUGUCGGAGGACUCCACGACGCAAGCACGAGGUGAAAAAUCACCCGCAGUUUCAGCACCCCGAGCAAAAUCGCGGUCAGGAAACUUUGCAGACCAUGUCUUCGGCAUGAUCCCGAACACGGACGACAAAGCUCUGCCUUCGACUCAUGGUUGCUGUCGGAAGAGGCUGCGGCGGCUCGUUCAGAAUCCAUGGUUCGACUGCUUCAUCAUGGCCAUGAUCCUGGUCCACACGCUGUCGAUUGGCGCCCAGAUCAAUCACCUGGCAGCUACGGAGAGGACGGAUGGUGGAAGGUUCUGGCGCUCGAUCGACUUCUUUUUUUGCGUCUUCUUCGCUGCAGAGGUCAGCAUCAAGCUUUACGUCUACCGGCUACGGUUCUUCACCAUGCAUGCCUGUGCGUGGAACAUAAUAGACCUGGUGCUUGCAAUUCUGCAAAUCGUGGAAGAGGUGAUGGCCCUUGUUGCUAGCAUCACUGAGGAACCCUAUCAGAACCUACGGCUUGAUUUGAUGCGUGCUGUUCGCAUGAUGCGCGGGGUCAAGGUCCUGCGCCUGGUGAGGGCCGUUCGAUAUGCUGGGGACCUGCAGCUGAUCGUGAGCUGCUUGAUUCUGUCCCUGCGGACGUUUCUCUGGAGUGUCCUCCUCCUGGUCAUGACGAUCUAUGUCAUGGCCAUCUACAUUACGCAAGCCUGCAAUAUCCGUCGAUUUGAGAAUCCGGAUGCUGACGGGAAUGACUUGCUGCAGAAAUGGUGGGGGGACAUCUUCAUCAGCACUUUGGCGCAUCUUUCUGCAGCGAUUUUGUUCUAA